UGUAAUUUGUAGCUACUAGCUAGGGGAAAAACCCGUGGUUAAUGGUUAUAUUAUAUUUUUUGUAAAAACAUUGUCAAGUUACUUUAAAUGUAAACCUGUGAGUUAGUUUGUAUUUGUAAUUUGCUUAGAUUCUAAAUGAAUAGGAAUGAAAGACUAAAAGUGCUAAAGCUUGAAGUGAAAAACCAACCAUAUAGUUUAUUUAAUAAUGCAUUUUCUUAAAUGAAAGCUAGAAAAAGGUUCAAUCUAUCAAUCAUCAUUUAAUAUAAAAUAUCAAAAUGUCUCAAGAAUUUAAAUCAGAAAUGAAAACAAUUAGGAUAAUGAAGAGUAAAUUAAAUAGAAUUCCUAAUAAUAUGACCUUAAAAUUUUUACUUACUAAAGAUACUGAGCGGGAAGAUACGUUAUUUAAGGCAAAGGAAAGUGACCCUAUUUAUCAGAAAUUUCCUAACUUAAUAAUAAUUAACAAGUUAAACAUGGUAAGUAACACUAAUCGUACGACUGCGAAAUUUACAGAAGGCACCACGACAGUCGAACUAUCUUCUGAUAGUAUAACUGAACUUCUUGGUCAACAAAACUAUGACCUCAUUUUAAAUGCAAUUAGCAGCGUUUUUAAUGUAGCUGCAAAAGUUGAAGCUAUAAUGGCACUUUUAAAAAAGGAACCUAUGAACAAAGUUGAUAAAUGUGAUGGAAACAAAACUAUUGAUAGAUUCAGUCAAACGGAUGAAUCAUGUAUAGUAAAGGUGAAACAAUUACCAAGAAGACGACUGCAAAGGUGCAAGGCUUAUGCAGUUCUUGAUAGUCUUAUACCACCUGAGACUGUUGAGAAACCACCUCCAAAAAGUAAACCAUUAGAAACAGUACAAAACAUAAGUCUUAUUGACACAAAGGAUUUUUUGAACGAAGACAGUAAUAUGUCUGAUAUAUCUUUUGAUAAUAUCUCAUUAAAAAGUUGGCAAGUUCCUAACUCAGUGUUAAAUGUGAAGCCAUACUUUGAUUGCAUAGAGAAAUGUACAUCUUCAUCAUUUGUAUUAAAAUUAGUUGAUGGUAGUAGUGUAACAUUAAAAACAAAACCGCCUGACUUGUUUCAUAUAGCAACACCCGAAAAUUUAAAAGAUUUAACAAGAGAAGAACAAAAGCGGUUACUAUUACAUCAGGCAUAUUUACAUUGGAAAUACUGUUUGGAGGUUGACGAAGAUGACAAUUUACCUCUACAUAUAGCUGUGCUAGAGAAUGAACCAGAUUUAUUAUAUAGACAUUGCAUUUUGUUGAAAACACGGCAGGAGUCUGUGGACAUACUUGGAGAAAAAGAUUUGUCAGCCCUACAAUUAUCGGUGCAUACAAACUCUCCUCAGUGCAUGAAUAUAUUACUUUCGUUUGGAGCUAAGAUAACCCAGAUUGACGCUGAAUGCCAGUCUUUACUGCACAUAGCUGCUGAAACAAGCUUAGAGUGUGUUCAAACAAUAUUGCAGCAUUGUCGUGACCAUCCAAGGAAAAUUUUAUCUGAAAAGGAGGGCUUGUGGACUCCAGAAUUGGAGUUUCAAAGCGAUGAAGAAAUAUCAACGUAUUUGAUUAAUGACUUUUGCACUAUGUUUGAUGACCAAGGUAUGACGCCACUAAUGAUAGCGAGUGGAAAAGGCUUUGACUCUAUAGUGAAUGAGUUGCUACAAGCUGCGCCUCAAACAGUUAACAUAAAAUCACCAUCAAGUGGCAACACUGCCCUAUUUAUUGCAACGUCUGCUGCUUAUUCACAUGCUGAGCUUGUUGGCAACACCAGCAAGUUAUCAUCAAAUUAUUUAAAUACGAUAGCAACAUUGUGCAAAUAUGGCGCCGAGCCGAACAUUCCAAACGAUUCGGGCAACACUGUUACUAUGCUUUUAAGUGAAUAUAAAUCUAAUGAAAUCGCACAAAUAUUAGCUAACAAAGUUUGUCAUGGAACACAGAAAUUCGACUCCUUCAUGCUCGUCAAAGAUGAAGGUGACAUAAAAAUAGAACCUGUUAAAAUGUCUAAACAACGUGAAGCAAAUGAACGCAAAAAGAAAAAAGAUACUGUAAUAUAUGAAGAUAUGCUAAACGAUUCAGAAAUUGAAUCAAACAUAGAAAUAAGUAAGGAAACAUUGAUCGUUGAUAAGCCAGUUCCGUCAACUAGUUUUGUUACCGAGCAAAUACAAACGGUACAAAAAUCUCAGCCAGUAAUGAUUAAUCUAAAUGAUUCACUUAGCCUAAACAUGGUAAAAGUAUGUAAUCCACGAACUUAUAAGAUCGUUAGACCAAAAAUGAAGACAGAUUUAAGUGUGAUAAAAUGUGAAACAAUCAAACAGUAUACGAAAAAAUCUAAAGUAACGCAAAAUUUAAUAGAAAAACCGCAAGUGUGUCAACAAACAUUGAACACAAAACUUAUAGGUAAAGUAGAAAGUUUAAAUACGAGAAAAAGAAAACAUUCUAUGGAAAACACUAAAUUGAAUGAUUAGUCCCCGAAUGGCCUUAUUAACAUGCACAAAAGAUGAUACCUUGGUUACUAUUAAUUUAUAUAUAAAUUGAAUGUAAUAUUUCACGCAAGUUCAAUACUUGCUAAAGUGUGUUCAAAAAGUAGAAGCCCAAAGGGGGCAAUUUUAUAGUUAAAGAGGGCUAAAAUUUAAUAUUUUUUUUAAUAAUUACAUACAUAUUUGUAUUUUCAGUUUUUCAUGUUUUAAAAUCUAUUUACUGUGUUUCGUUAAAUUUCUAAGUAAUUUCUUCCUAAAACCUAUCCUUUAAGUCUCUUAAGUAAGCAAUUCAAUUUUAGAUAUUAAAAAUUAUGUAUGUUACAUUUGGGGGGGUCAUAAGAAUUUAAGAUAAUUUUCAAUAGAUAGGUUUUGUGAGUAAAAUACUAGGCAAUUGUUAACGAAACACAGUAAGUAAAUUUUCAAAACAAAGAAAAACUGAAAUUCAAAUUCUAAAUAAUUUUAAUAAAUCGUCAUAGUAGUAGAAUAGUGACGGAU